CCUCUUUCUCUUUCUACAUCACUUUUGAAAAAAAAAAUCGUCAAUGGCAUCGUACGGCUUGCCCGAGUUCGGGUCACCGCUUGAUUCCUUGGUGUUUGACACCAUUGCUGAAACGGAACAGUCGGAACAUGAUGCCGCCGAAGAGUUGGCAUUAUGGAGCAAUGCCCAAUUCACAUUCGACGUCAAUCCCGGGAAACAAGCUGGCCCAGAGGACGAUAAGAUCGAAAACAGCAAUAAUGACAAUAAUGAAAACAGUACGAUCGUAAAGGAAGAAUGUCCCAGCGACGUAUUGGAUCCAAUUACCUAUGAAAAGUUGGUCGAGUACCUCGAUUAUGAAUUGCCUCAGCAACAACAGGCUCACCAGCAAUCAGAACAGCAGCAGCAGCAACGGUCUUCGCAAUAUGCCCCAAUUGCACCCAUUACACCUCAACCGCACCCACAACCCAUUCAACCUGCCACUCUGAAUGGUUAUGUCCCUAUUUAUCCAGCAACUACUCGAACCCAUCCCCGACGACCGACGAUUCUCCCCAAGCCAGUUGCAUUGGAUUCGUUGCCACUCGCAGCAGCAGCAGCAUCACCCAUUGUUCAACACCAGCACGAAGCAGUGGCAUCACAACCGAAACCUGCACGGAAAAAGAAGCGAGCGGUCAGCGACGAACGAACGGAUGACCAGGUCGCAGCUGAAGAGGAUAAGCGGCGGCGUAACACUGCAGCAAGUGCUCGUUUCCGAGUGAAAAAGAAGUUGCGAGAACAGGCCAUGGAAAAGAAUGUGCAGGACAUGAAAAGCAAGUCGGAUAGACUGCAAAACCGCGUGAACGAGCUGGAACUUGAAGUCAAAUGGUUGCGCAAUUUGCUGAUAGAAAAACGUGAAAACGCUUAGAAUGAAGAAACCUACCACGACCACCACCACCACCUCCUCCUCCCCUUGUUUUUAUUAUAUUUGCCAUUGCUUUUAUCCUUUCAAAAAAAGUUUCUUAUGCU